GGCGCAGUCGGGGGCUCGAGGAGGAAACGGGACUGAAAAGAAACGCCGCACUGUGACUCCUGAUGUGCAGUCCUUAAAGUAACGUUUUUAUAUUUUAUUUCUUCCGCGAAGAAACCUCAAGUUUUUCUAUUUUUCGAAAAGUAACGCAUCUACCUCAUUUUUAAGGAUUUUAAUCACGGUUUGGACUCGUUUACACCUCCUCCUUCUGCCGCAGGGCUUUUUUUUUUGAAGACUUUUGCACUCACUGAAGCAAUCCUGACGUUGAGCGAUGUCCAGCCUGCGCCUGCUGGCCCUCAGAUGAUCUAUGACCACAACUUAUUGAUGCACUUUAGCACCUUUACGGAGCCUUCCCCCUGCUGUGAACCCCGCAGCUGAUGACCAAAACGACCGCAACACCUCCCUGCCGUCGCCCAGAGCCACGCGCCUCCCCCGACCCCUCCCUCAUCCUCACGCCCCUGCAGGACAUCUCAGGAUGUUCCAGAGGUUCGCCAGUGCUCUCUUUGGGGACGAUGUGGAGGAGGUGAGUCGAGGCAGCAGACCUGGGGACGGCAAAGUGGAGGAGACAGAGGAGGAGGAUGAAGACUGGAUCCUGGUCAACUACCUGACUGAAGCUGGCUCCAGCCAGUGUAACGAUGGCCACUCGGGAUCCACCAUCAUCCAAGAUGAAGACGAGGAGGUGGAGGCAGAGGAGGAUGAAGAAGAUGAUGAGCUGGUGAUGAUCCCCUCACCCAUGGGCAUCCCACCUGUCCGUUACGCCUCCUGCACCUCCCUCAACUCAACGGCUGACACCGACCCGGACGGUGGUCCAGAUGAGGACGAGGAAGAUGAUGAGAGUGGGUUUCUGCGUGUGGACACCCGCUCUCUGCAGGAGAGCUGGUUUCUUACCCCCCCACCCUGCUUCACUGGGCGUAGCACCUUUCCCAUCGUCCUGGAGCCCAGCCCUCUGGAGAACCUGCUAAUCGAACACCCCAGCAUGUCCGUCUACACUCACCACAGCAUCCCACGACUGAACCUUGACCCCCUGCCACAAAGCUCACAUGAACCAGAAUUGAACUUUUCGUCCGAUGAGAUGACCGCGAGCCUGACAGCUUCAAGUGGAAAGGAAAAGGCCAGAAGAACACCAGAUGGCUCUCGCCACAGGCCAGAGGCGGCAGUUUCACAGCGGCGCUCCAGUCUUCACUCCUCCUGCUACGCCGCGGCGCUCUCCGCUCAGGCCGGCCUUGUGCAACAAAGGCCGGGAAACCCCACCCAACGUACCCAGCCCAUGUCCCGCAAGGCCCUGCGACGCCUCAACCUGCUCCGCCCCCCAAAAGCCAACACCAUGCACCUGCACCAGCCCAGCCAGAGGCAUCUCAACUUCUGAGACAUCCUCAUCACUAUUCAUCAUCAUCAUCAUCAUCAACCUCAAUACUUUAAGCAGUACAGGAAUGUAACACUGGCCACCCACAAGCAUUCAUCUCCGUUUUCUUUCAUCUUCUCAACAAACAAACACCAGCAGCAAGUUAACUACGGCAUCAGCCACCACUUACACACCUCACACCUAAUUUCUCCUGAAAGCUUAAUGGGUGGUGAAAUCGGGAAGGUGGCUGUUGACUUUUUAUAUCAGUAAUGUGGCCAGUGAAGACUUUUUCUCCCUCCCUCACUUCACUCCCCGCGUCCUACUCCUCUUCAUCCAUCC